UAUUUAUUAAUGACUCAUGUGCGGGAAUUAAGCGUUUGGCCUUUUGAUUGAUGUCUACUGGCCGCCUGAAUGGCUCAUUGACCUAUAAAAUAAGGGAUUGCUAAAACGGGGGCGCGUCAGCCUAAUAGAGACAGUUUAUCAUGGAGGACUCCACAGAAUUCAUUCUCCAGGAUCAAGGCUCCAGGAUGGUCCAUAGCAGUAAGGACAACCCCAUCCUGACAGUUGCUACUGGGGCUUUUCUCGCUGGCCUCUACGGAAUGUGGACUAUGUUUGCCCUUCCUGGCUUCCGCAAAGUUCCAAGAAGACUCAAGGUGCCUUACCUGCCCUCGAGUAAAGCUCAGAUCGUAAACGUCAUGCAGCUGCUGGAGGGACGCAGAGGCCAACUAGUUGAUCUGGGAUCAGGAGACGGGAGACUGGUGUUUGCUGCCUACUCUGUUGGCCUCCAGUGUACUGGAUUUGAGAUAAACUCCAUGUUGCUGGCAUAUGCUAGAGUGAAGGCACGCUGGACAGGAGUACCACCCAGCCAGGCAAACUUUGUCAACAAGGACUUCUGGAAGACUGAUUUGUCAAACUACAACAAUGUGACUGUAUUCCUAGCCCCAGGAUUGAUGGAGGUGCUGUGUGAGAAGCUUCUGAGGGAGCUUCCCGAUGACGCGUGUGUCGUCGCCUGCCGCUUCCCCUUCCCCCAGUGGCCCCACCGAGCCUCGCAGGGCGACGGCCUCAACCAGGCCUGGGCCUAUGACAUCAGCACUGUACGCUCAGCCCUGGGCCAGGCAUGACCCUAUGACCUUAUACUGUGCAUCGAUGACUGGAUUAGUCCUAAUGUCAUUCACUGGUUCACACCAAACCCAAUAUAUGCUAAUUAUCACCCCAAAUCAAACCCAGUAUCGCCAACUGCUUCUGUCUUUGUGUACAUUUUCUUUUUUGAUUUAUUCAAAAUUCAAAAGGCACUCGCACAUCUGAGCUAUCUUUGUUGCAGGUGCAUGGUAACAGUUGAACAAGAUGAGAAAAAAGAAGAAACCUGCACACUGCUCUUGAUAGUAUCACUGCUCUUACGUAUCGGCCUCAUGGCCUUCCUCAGAGCAUUUGUGAGUUAAAAAAAUGUUUUUACACCCUUAUGUAGACAUAGCUCCACCCACAUCCGUUCAAUGCAUCGAAUGGGAUUGGAGUUGAGGGAAAAUUAUUUGAAUAUUUCUGUUAUAUUUAUUGUUAUAUUUUGUAAUGCUUACUUAAGUGUUAACAUAAAACAUAUUAAACGGGUGUUGUUGAAAGUAGACUAAA